AUGUUUGUUACCAAGUCAUUUCUCCUCUUUCUUCUGCAUGUGCCCCCUCCCCCUGAGCCCGAACCUAUUGAUAUCAUUGAGUUGCCGCUUCCACCUGUAUCUGACGGAACGAAGGGUUCAUGUACCUCAGAGCUAGAUCCUUUCGGGACAGGAUGUAUCCUACAGCAUGGCGGGCUGGUUCAGUCAGGAAGCUUUUUACCUGACGGCAACCACGUUAUUGCGCGUGUCAACUAUACUGGUGCACCCGAUUCGGGAAGCAUAUACACAGGCGACCAAUUAAUACUCAUCAAAUCCGACGGCACUACUUUCCCUAAUGGCAGCCCGUUUAAGUGUAUUACUUGUGGAAUACCCCAAGAUAACGCUGUUGGUCGAGCCAGCACUCUGGAUUAUCCUCAAGCAUUCCGCGACGGAAAACGGAUUUUAGCCGGUACUAAUAUCAUUGAUUGCGGCGAAUUCGAUCUUAGUAGCGAUCAAUGUAUCCCCGAAUCGACAUUUAUAUAUCCCAUCCGUUGGAACACUGCCGUGGAUGGAUCAGGAGAGGGCGGGAGCAUUCGCGAAUUACGUAUACAUCCCGAUAACAUACACAUCGGCUUCAAUUCAUUCGUUAGCACUGGGGGAAAAUUGGGCCAAUACGCCUACGUCGGCCGGCUUGAAUUUAACCCAUCGCCAACGACGGGCCUACCUAUAGCACCCCGAUACGACCUAGCGAAUGUGAACGUCUUGGUUAGCGAUGGUAUCAGAAACCAGCCACUCCUCUUUGAAGGGAAUCGGAUACGUGUCAACCCUGAAGCUAUCACCGUGGGCGAAUUCAGAGGCUUCAGUGGAAGUGGUAGGGAGGCUACAUACAUCGGUAGUCCGAGAGAGUCAUCAAACAUCGAUGUGUUUGCUGUUGACCUAACAUCGGGCGCUGUCCGUAGGCUCACGAGUCAUCCCGAGUACUGUGACCCCAUUGAUAUCUCGGCGGAUGAUGAAUGGAUAGCAAUUAUGGACACUCGAGGCAGUAAUAGGCAGAUGUUCAUGGCUGGCAUGCGAAAUAUUCCCCCCAUCACGGAUUUGGUUUCUGUGACAGCAGCAUCCUCAACCCGAAAUAACGGCGAGCGACGUUUCUUCCAGCCGUAUCUCCUUGAUAGGUAUGGCGACCGCGGGGAUUAUUACGGACAGCGUAUCAAUGGAGCGGGUGACGGGAGCCCAGGCAGCAUUAACGACCCACAAUGGAAUGGGCUAGCCGAUCCUAAGUUCUCUCUAGAUACCACGCGGUUGGUGUAUUGGGAAGCUCUUACUGUCGCGCCGGCAUGCGGAGGUAAUAACCCACUUCCUUGCCCUAAUUCUACUGAACCGGGAGGUCGGACGGAACGAGUGAUGGUGGCGCAUUUCACUUCUCGCCAGCCAGUACCACUAGCACACGUUGAGCCACUGAAUGACACUAUUCCUUGGGCCACCCCUUACGAGCCGGGAUAUGUCCCUCCUCUCCCACUCAUCGUUUCUAGCGGCGAGUAUAUAAUGGACGGAGCGGUGGCUGGUUCGGCUCAGAUCACCAUCGUCGCAGACGCCAACCUUACAACUGUGGAGUCCGUCGCUGUAAAAUACGACAACUUCUCUGACGAUGGGCUUACCUUUCUCGACGGCACGGAGAACGUCACGACGCGGAAUCCAACCAUCACUCUGAACAUAGUCGACUGGUACUCCGACCUAGUUCAGACUGGACAGACGAAUGCUACUAAGGUGACUAGCCCUGACGGAUUCCAUUUGUCUAUCGACGCGUUCACGAAUAUAUUCGACGCCAACGGCACGCUGAGCACUACUGUCAAUGGUACCUUAAGGCUACCCGAAGACCGCAUGCGAAGACUCGGACAGGAUGCCGAGUGUGCAAAGCCAGGAAAGUUAAGACGCGGGAUUAAUUGCGAUUUCAAUACAUCAACCUAUCCUACGCCCUCUAGUCCUCAUGUUACCAGCAGCAGUGCCGGACAUACCCCUACUAGCCAGGUCACAUCUCCCAUAGAUACUUCUAUCCAUCAUCAACAUGCGCCGACAGGCUGGUUUAGUGCUCUCGACCUUGAGCUUCUCCAUCACUUUACUACUUCAACAUGCUUCACGUUUUCCACUGAACCGAUGGUUCGCAGCUUCUGGCGUGUGAACCUACCACAGAUGGGAUUCUCAUACGAAUAUGUCCUUAGAGGCCUUCUCUCCGUUGCCGCAUUGCACCUUUCCCGGUUCAAACCACAGCGAAGAGACGCCCUAAUUGAACAAGCUAUGGUUCACCACAACGCGUCGUCGUCUAUGGUACUAACUAUACUUAAUGACUUCGAUUCUUCCCAUUCAGUGCCCAUAUUCUUCUUCAGCAUGCUCACGACAUGGUUCGCGUUUGCUAACCACAGGGAACCGGAUAACCUCCUUUUUAUAUCAAAUGGAGUCACGCCCGAAUGGCUAUUUCUUUUCAGAGGCAUGCGUAGCGUAAUGGAGCUCAAUACUGACGCUAUAAGCUCCAUCGCAGCAUUGGGCUUCAUAUUCGACUCGGGCAAACAGAUGAACGAAGCUUGGGAAACUACUGCGCCCCCCGAACACGAAGGGCUCAAAGAACUGGAAAAUACCCUCAAGCUAUACGUCAAAGAUGCACAAAAAUUAGACGCACUUACCCACGGAAUAGAAACACUAAAGCGGAGCUUCGUCUAUUUCUCCAAUUGUAACUUCACCGAUGACCAGCGACUUAGAGCCGCAUUUAUGUGGCUAUUCAAGGUUCGAGAGGAGUUUAUAAAGUUACUAAAGGAACGGGAUAAUGAAGCGUUAUGUGUGCUUUCUUUCUUCUGUGUCCUGCUUAAACGACUUGAUUACGUCUGGUGUAUAGAAGGCUCGGGUGUACAUUUGAUCGGCAGGAUAUACUCCGUGUUAGAUGAGAGAUAUAGACUAUGGAUUCGAUGGCCGAUUGAGGAGAUUGGUUGGGUCCCCUAA